GCCGCAUCGUAUUGAACAUAGACCAUGAACCUCACCGACGAGCAGCGCCGGCGAAUGGAAGAGAACCGCGCGAGGGCCAGGGCUCGUUUGCGCGAGAAAAGAGAAACGCAAAUCCCUGCAGCCUCGGAGAUUGACGGAGGUGAAACCCGCGCGUCUCCACCACCUACCAGCGGCCCAGAACCAAAACAGGACGGCGGCGAAAGAGCUGGCAGUGCUGGUAGUGCUGGUGGUGCAGAUGCCCAACCCGAAGAAGAUCAAAAAGGACCAGCCCCACCGUCGACUCAACAACAACCAACAACCAUUGCAGCAGCGGGGGCAGCAGCAGCACCUGCAUCGGCAGCAGCAGCAGCAGCAGCAGCCCCUGCAUCGGCAGCAACAGCAUCAACAGCAGUCACUCCACUAGCGAGUGGCUCCACCAGAUGUGGAGGAGGGGGUGCGCGAGGAACUCGCGCGGGCGGCGGGGGUGGGGAUAAAGGUAGAGCGGUCGGUAAUAUUAGUAGCAGCGCUGGUGGCGGAGCAGGGGCGGCAGCGGUCGCGUGUGAGGGGUGUGGAGGCGAGCAGGACGAUGCGCGGAUGGACAAGGAGCUGCUGGAAGCGUUCGGGAUUUCUGUGUGCCGCACUUGCAAGAUGUCGCGAGAAGAGUUCCAGUACGUUACCACCAAGGACGUAAAGGACACGUACCUCCUGCCUCAAGGCACCAUUGCCGUCCUCAAGUUUGUCGAGCGGGACAACCCACAUCACUCUAGCUGGACAAAGAUGAAGCUUUACCUUCGUAGAGAGGUCGUGGCGUACAGUUAUAGGCGUUGGGGUAGUGAGGACGGCCUCGCUGCGGAGAGGAGAAGACGAGAGUCACUCAAGUACGACCGAUCCCUCGCGCGGACCAAGGGCAUAUUCAAACGUUCCAGAUCCGAAACAGAGGACGAUGGCGUCGUAGGGGGCUUCCUAUGACGCCUUGUACGAGAUUUGAAGUCCGGAAGCUGCUCCUUUGUCGACCCACGAAUAUUCGAUGGCGGUCUCCUGCGUGUUUUGCUUCGCAUCCCGGGUACUGCCGCUUUUAUGGAAUAAACCAUGGAUCUGUUUGAUUUGCAGGAUAUAUGGGUUCCAUGCGCAAGAUAUGCAUGUGCGUUUGGGGGUCUUCCUCCACGUCCCACACGUUGGCCCUUCGUAUCUUCCUUACUAUGGCGUUUCUGUAGUGUGAAGGGAGGAGUGGACUCUUUUUCUCCCCAUGGGUGAAUGAACUCACUGUAGGUACUUGCGCACCUGACGGGUCUGCCCCAGGUGUUCGCAAAGACAGCAUAUGUUGCUUCAUGUAUGAAUAGGAUUUGGCUGGCAGUUUGCGAGUUGCUCACGCAAGUAAGUGAGAACCCUUUACCCCGAUGUGAAAAUAG